GGAGUAAUACAAUGACCUUUUGCACAUAGAGACGGCGGUGGGUUUUACGGAAAGAGAUGGCGAAAUACGUUCGGCGGCACCGCGGGCACCGGGCGAACUCGGCCAUUCAGCUCAGAUGUUUAUCUCGGCCCCUUGCUUGCGGUGGUGCCGUGCUUUAUAAAAAGAAACGCUUAACUUAGCCCAUAGCUUUUCAGAUAGUAUAUACAAACUGCUAAUAUGACACACAACGAAGAGCGGACGCACUGGAUCAAGGAAGGGGCCAUUGGACUAGGAGUCGGAGUUCUCUAUGGAGUCACAAACGUCUGCGUGGGUCACCCGUUCGACACGAUCAAGACGAAAAUGCAAGCUCAAGUGGGAUUCGAGAGCUGCAGCAUGUACCAGUCGUUCCGAAAAACGCUCAAAACGGGCGGCGUCAUUGGGUUAUACAGAGGUUGCGUGCCACCUUUACUUGGAUCUGGCAUUUACCGCUCGGUACAGUUUGCUGUUUUUGAAGCCGCGUAUACAUACCUUGAUGGCAGCAUAGCCAGGAGCGAAAUCCCAUUUACGGCUGGACUACAGACGAGAGUAGUUGUCGGAGGCGUGAUUGCUUCAACGGCCAGGGCCAUCAUCGAAUGCCCGCUGGAGUAUGCCAAGAUAAGUCGGCAAAUUGGCCAGACGUGGACGCUUCGCAAGGUCUACACGGGCUUUGGCGUCACCUGGCUCCGCACGGUGGGACUGAUGACGUCCUACUUCAUCUUCCUGGACUCUGGUCGUCGCCACUUCAACGACUACUUCCAGCGCCCCCUCCUGGGUCCCUUCCUCAUUUCCGGCCUGGCCGCCACCGCCGCCUGGUGGAUCGUCUGGCCACUGGAGUACAUGAAAUCUCAAGUGCAGGGACACUACGGAAAGAAUGUGUCCCUUCUUCAGCGAAUGCGGUCUGUCUACAGCGAGAAGGGUGGCUUUGCGGCGAUGUACCGCGGUCUGGCUCCCGGCUCGAUCCGUAGCUUCGUAGCGAACGGUACCAGCAUGAUAGUCAUGAGCUACGCACAGCGCAAGGUGACCGAACUGGGGCUACGGGAUUGAACGUUGGCUCUACGGUACUUGUCUUAGCCGAGUCCAGCCGGCCGUCUGUUGACUACUAUUUGCGUGUCCGUCUGGAAGUGUUCAGUUCGGCGAGCUGCUCACUGCGCAAUGUAGUGUUUUGAUUGGUUCGCACUAUGCAUUGCUGAAAUUGAACCUUUAUUUUUUUUGGGGCCACUGCAUACAUUUAUGUUUUUGUUUUACUUUUAGCAUUCGUUGGCUAUGCCUACAGGCUGGUACUCGGUGUUGUUGCUUAAAAAUGAGAUGUUUUGCAAUGCCUUUUUGCACGGCAACAACCCUUUCUGCAUAAACCAUUACCCCCCUUACCUCCCAAGAGGUUUUGAAGCAUUUUUGAAGAAUUUAGUGUUCGAGCUUUCUCGACAAAGGCGUAUGUGAUACUUUGCUGGGGAAAUACUCCUUUUUUUUCUAAAGGGUAUUUUUUUUUUUUUAAAGAGAGUUAUUCCAGCGGUUAAUGACAGACUUCUGUCCAAGUGGGUGCCUUUAGGCGAUGCAGCUGGAAAUAUCGCAUUUAAGAGAACUGACGUCAUUAGCUCCGAGUGCCUAGGAAUUGCAGGGGAUUUCUCUGCGAUUCUCGCUUGUGUUCAGGGAAAAUGUUUCCAGUUUGGAAGCGAGUUUGAGUGCGGGGAGUCAAUAUUUCAUGUGCAUCUCUUUAAGAGUCGUUUUCUUUUUGGGUUUUGUUAUUGCUAAAGAUGCAUUCAGCAACAUGUUUUUACGGGGAUGUAGCGAGUGAUUAUUGUGCUACGUGUAUAAAGUAUGUCUUAAAAAUGGCUUCAGUCUACAAAAACAUUGUUCGGAAAAUUUAAAUCUUUUCUAAUGCGUUUGUUAUAUUUACUUUUAAGCUUCCACUCCUACUCUUUCAGAAAUGUAAAAUGAGAAGGGACUAGUUUCUACGACUGAAUGAUGGCCAGUAAGGUGAGACAUUGGCCAGCCUCUUAAGUGCCUCCUAGAAAUACUGUCGCCUACACUAUUAAGCACACUUACACUCCAAGUAAAUACACAGUCGAAUGGAGCUUUUUCCUUUACGUGCAAUCACAAAUGUUUUGCUGUUUUUUUUGCAACGCAGGUUUUUCUUUGCAGGAAAAUGUUACCAUAUUAUAGCUGGUUUUCUUUUUAAGUUUUUAUAAUCCUGGAUGUGGGAUCCCAUUAUGUCUGACAGCUGUUAUUACUGUUCUCUCCUCUUUUCUCGGUUUGAGCAAACAUUCUUGCAGAUAUUUAGAGAAAGUCAGCUAAAGUGCCAUAGUGACUAGUGGGACCUUUGCCUUGCUGGAGCUCUCCUGAAUACUGAAGGGACACUCUCUCUUCUCUCCAUGUUGUCUUACCGGUUGCAGAAACAGCUAUAUUUUUGUACAAACGCUAAUAUUGCUCUGUGCUCAAUAUAUGUGCAAUAAAUGUUCAAUGUUUAUUUUUUUUACACAUUUUA